AUACAAGAUACACGAUUGUUGGUUGAAGUCUGGAUGAAGGAUGUUUUAUUUUAUUUUUGUUUUUCAGUUUCCCCCCCUGAGGGGUUGCCACCUUAUUGUGGUCGGGGGGGGUUUCUGUGCCUCAGUGACCUUAAGAGCUAAACCAGCAGGAGCUUAGUCUGGACAGGUCUGAAGGUAGAGACCUGACAAAGUGCAAUCCACUUCUCCAGGUUGGGGUUGGACACAUAGACCCCUUUCAAUGAAGAAAGCAUCGUUACUAUAAGCACAGAAAAAAAAGUGCUGGAGCAUGAUGUGUCCACAUGAUGCCCCCUUCACAUUUCUGACUGCCCCCUCAUAUAUGCUGCCUAGAAGCGGUCCUGGGGUCCGCCCUGAUCCGUGACAAAUAAAGCUGUGGGAGGACAUAACCAACCUUGCAUUUCCACCAAAUUAAAAAAGCCUUUUUAUUUAAUUUUGUUAUUAUUCUUUAGAACUAGUAUAUUAAAUGUGUUGAGAGAAUAUAGCAAACCUCUACAAUUCAACCAUUUUUAAAAUCCUAAUAUUUCUCUCAGUAUCUUCCUGUUCCACGCAGCCCCGGUCUCCCCUACUCCUCUCCUGAGUCUGUGAAUGGGCGGACCGGUCAGUCAGCUGAUGACUGAAAUACUCCACACAAUCUCUGUCCUCAAUACAUGGAUUUCGUCACACGAAUGAUUUUCUAGCCAAUUACGCACAAUGUGGAAACCCUCAUUCAGCUGCAGCUCGGUGGGAUUUCACUCCGGAAUGUGUCCUCUGCGCGCACCUGGAGCCGCCGGAGACAUGCACAGGCAACACGUCUCUGUUUUAUGAUACCGAGCCGCCGCCGUUUAUUCCUGUGAUGGGGAGAAUCACAUGGAGCUGCGCUGCCGUGAUCCUGCUGGCCAUCAUUAGCUCAUGUCGUGCAGUCACUCUGGAGUCUGUCCACUGGAGCAGCUCCAACACCAAAUUCAGUCCAGGUCAGGGUCUGGUCCUGUAUCCACAGAUCGGGGACAAGAUGGACAUCGUGUGUCCCCGGGCGGACGCCUCCUCGGGGGAGAAGGAGGAGUUCUACCGAGUGUACCUGGUCUCCAGGAGCCAGAUGGAGAGCUGCACCAUCGACAAGACGGACACGCCGCUGCUGAACUGUGACAAACCUCACCGGGACGUAAAGUUCACGUUCAAGUUCCAGGAGUUCAGCCCCAACCUGUGGGGUCUGGAGUUCCUCAAGGGGAGGGACUAUUAUAUCACCUCCACCUCUGCAGGCUCUCUGCAGGGUCUGGAUAAUACUAAUGGAGGGGUGUGCAAAACCAAAUCCAUGAAGCUGGUGCUGAGAGUCGGCCAAAGCUCAUCAGAUCCACCUUCAACCCUCCAGGAGUCCCCCACCAGAUUCCCACCCACACGACCAAAGUCCAAGGACCCGCCUGCGAAAGAAAAGGACGUAAAAAACAAAACUGACUCGGGCUCAGAAGCAGGACAAACAAACCCCAGUGGCGACGGUGGCUCUGAGCCAAGACUGUUUAUGUGGGCUGUGUCCGGCGGUGUGAUCCUCCUUCUGCUCCUCAUAAUUGUGCUGGUCGUGCUGUGGAGGCACCGUCACCGCCGCUGUGUCCCAGAUAACCAGCAGUCCGCUGCCUCCGUGCCCCUCAACACUCUGGCCGUGGCGAAGCGGGACAGCAUCGGCAGCGACAACAACGGCUCGGACCGCAGCGACGUCGUCUUCCCUCUGCGGGCUUCUGACAGCAUGCUCUGCCGCCAUUAUGAGCGUGUGAGCGGCGAGUACGGGCCCCCUGUGUACAUAGUUCAGGAGAUAAUGCCCCAGAGUCCCACCAACAUCUACUACAAAGUCUAAUGUUGCUGCUCUGAUGUGUUUGGGUGAUAAUCCUACACGGGCUGGGACACCAACUCUAAUAUCGCUUUAGUUUUAAAGUUCUUAGCGGGUGUGAAGAAAAGUCACAGCUGAGAUUCUGCACUGAUGAUUUACUUUAAGUCUUGUGUCACAAGUGCACAAAAUGUUGUUGAACCAUUCUGUUUUCUUGAU